AUGCCGCGCGAUCAGUACAGCUACAAGAACUUCAGCUCGGCUGCCAGCAGCCACAGCAGCCGCUUUGGAAGCAGCAGCAGCAGCGGCGGCUCCAGCGGAACCAACAGCGACGAUGACGGCACCAGAAGCCACCGCAGCACCCUGCGUGGCGGUAGCAAGGACAGGUUGCGCGGGGCCGCAGCCAUUCUCAACCACGGCCGCCUCGGCUGGGCAUGCGUCCUCGUCUUCAUCUGCGUUGUUGGGGGCCUGUUCUACGUCAACUCGGUCCUCUCCUCCUCCGGCCUCAAGUGGGGCGACAUCGACACCAACAUGAUCCAGAAGUACAAGAAGCGCUUCAGCCUCAAGCCAGACAUGUCCUUUGGCGACUUUUGCGACGCCGUGCCGCCGGUUCAGUCCAAGCCGCCUGCGGCCAAGCCCUACGACGGCUCCCACAUCAUCCUCCUCUCCUUCCCGCGCUCGGGCAACCACCUCGCGCGCGGCGUCAUCGAGUGCCUCAUCGACACGCCCACCUUUGGCUAUCCAAAGGAGAAGCACUUUGUGACGCUGGAGCGGCACAUGCAGCACGAGGAGGCGUCGGCCAAGGCCAGCAAGCGCCGCCCCUUUGUGCGCAAGCUGCACGGCAUGCUCAAGCUGCCAGAGCGGUGGGACGAGUACGAGUACGGGCUCAUCUACCAGGUGCGCGACCCAGUGGAGGCCGUCCUCUCGGAGAACAGAAACUCGCCGUACUUCUGGCGCCAGUACCACGACGACAUGACCCGCAUCAUGCAGAACACGGCCACCUUCCUCAGCAAGCCCAGAAACCACCGCGCCCUGCUCUACUUUGAGGACUACUACCGUGACCCCAUGAUCAACAUCCGCAAGCUGCAGCACUUCUUCGGCAAGGACAUUGUCUCGGACGAGCGCGCCGAGUACUGCAACCAGGCCUACCGCAACAUCUCCUCCACUAGCAAGUCCCACCUCCAGCGCUCCAGCCACACGCACGCCCUAAACCAGUACGCCCGGGCCGAGUUUGGCGACGACCACCCGCAGGUGUACCUGCAGCCCAGCCUGUACGAGGUCAUGUCCCGCUACCCAUACUUCCACAGCUGCGACCAGGACAGCGAGGACAGCGCAGCGGCCAACGCCAACGCCAACAACAAUAGCACAGCAUCAGCGCAGGACGCAUCAUCAUCAACAGACCCUUCGCUCGGACUGCUCAUCAUCACUACCACUAUCACCAUCAACUACGAGUUGCGCUCUUUCCUUUGA